UAAAUUAAUUUCAACUAAAAAUUAGAAAAAAUAUGGAAUAAUAAUAAAUAAGCAGCAAUGAUAUCUAGCAAAUUAUAAAUUACUUGAAAUCAAAUUUAUGUGAUUUUAUUUUCAAUUAAUUGGGUCCUGACUAAAAUAGUAUAGUAAAUUUACAAAGUUAGCUAAUAGAAUAGAGAUUAUUAAAUUUCAGGGAAGGCUAAAAGCAGCUGCUUAACACAUUUAUUAAAAAAUAUAUCGCUCUUACAAAUUGUUAUACUAUAUCUAGGAGUCGAUUCAAAUAGAUAUUAUUUUUAAAUGGCAGCAGCAAUCAAAACAAUUUAGGUUUCGAUCUACUUAAAUUUGAUCCUUAGUUAAAGCAAAUUAUAUCCAAAAUACCAAAUAAGUAUGGAUAAAUUGAUAGAGAAGUUUUAGAUAAGAUUGAUUAUUAUCAAACAGAAUAUAGUAAAUAAAAUCUAAUGGCAUUUGAAGAUGAUAUUUAAUAAUCCAAUUAGCAAAAGUUUAAAAAAAAUAUUUUUAAAAGUUAAUAAGAAGAUGAUAUGCAUUAAAAACUGAAUAGAAGUAGCUCUUUUAUAGAUUAUAGAAACUCAAAUAGCUUUUAAAAAGAUUUCAAAAACUAUGUUAAAAGUAGAAGCAAGAAAAAUUCUUCUGUUUUCGAAGAUUAAAUAUAUUAAAAAGAUAAAACUCCUUCCAAUCAGCAGUAAAGUUAAAGAUAUACUCGCUCUUAUAGUCAAAUCAAUUUACAACGCAAGAAAUAAAAUUCAAGUAUAUAACAAUCGGAAGAAAGUGGAAGUUAAUUUAAGCAUAAAUUUAGCUUAAUUAGUGGGGAUGAUUAAUAAAAAAGCCCUUAUUUAAAAAAACAUGGUAAGUAGAAUGAAGAUAUACAAAAUCACAAUAUUCGCAAUAACUUAAAAUAAAACCAUCUUCUUGAAGUUAAAACUCCUUAUUUAAAUCCUAAAAAUAAUUCAUAAUAAAACGAUGAAAAUGAAAUAGUUAAUUAAUUACUUAGUGAUUCUAGUUUUGAUUUGAAUGCUUAAAAAAUUUUAACAGAAUCUAGCUCGUAAAAUCAUAAGUAUUUUAUUUCAAAAAAAAAUUAGGAAAACUAAACCAACCCAUAAAUGGCUCUAAGCAAAAGCAAAUCUUAAAAUUUAUUGAAUGAUAAUAAAUAAGUAAGAUUAUAACAGGAUAAUCCAAAUAAGAAAAUUUACUAAAAAAAUAAUUUGAUUAGCGAAAAUGACUAUGAUUCAUAAGAAGAUAUUUUAAGAAGUGUCUAAAUAAGCUAUAAUAAUUAUGCAAAAUAUAAGGGAGAUCCUUAAUUAUAAAAAAUAAACUUGUAAUCAUCACCUUUAAAAGAGAGAAAAUCACUUUAUAAUGAGAAAAAAUCUAAUUAGUUAUCAUAAAAAAACACAGAGAAUUCAAAUCUAUAAAAAUAAGCCAUUAAAUAAAGUUAAAUAACUCCUAUAGAUACUUCAAUUAAACAUUAAAUAAUUUAGCCAUAAACCUAUAGAUAUCUUGCAUAAAGCAGAUCUAAAGAAAAGUUAACGAAAAGUAAUACACAAAACAGAUAUAUUGAUGAUGAUGAGCUUUAUACAGAUUCAUCUCCAAUUUACAUAGUUAAUUAAAAUUAUGAAAAAAGAUAAAAUUUGUAACCCUAUUUCAAUGAAAUAAUCAUGACUCAUUCUAGAAGACAAAAUAGUACUGGUAAAAACUAUGAAAUAUAAGUUAAGUAUAGAGUUAAAAAAGAUUUUAUAGAUUAGUGUUAAUAGUAAAAUGUACCCAUAAAAGAAGCUUUGUAAAGAAGAAUCGAUUAUAUUUAAAAAGAUGGAAGUUUAGCAGUAUUUGAGAAGCCUACAGACGAAACCUGUAUUUAAUCUUUCAAGCAUACGUAACUUAAUAAAAGUUUGUCACCAAAGAAAAAGUAAGAUCUAGAAAAUAUUUUAUAAAAUAUAGAAAAUUAUGAAGAGUCCAAGAGAUCAUCAAUAAAUAAUAAUACAUAUAAUAAUUUUAACAAAAUUGAUAAUAGAUCUCAAUAUAAUUUUGAAAAAAACCUCACUUUAUCUCCUUUACCUGAUAAAAAUCUUUAGGCUCAAACAAUCCAAAUGAAUGACUUUUUUACUAUUAAUUAAUGUCUAAGUAACUAAGAUUUAACUGAAAAUAAAUCAUUUAGCUAAUAAAGCAGUGUAACCAAUAGAAGCAGUGCUUUAAAUUAAAUCGAUAAAAAUUGUUUAAGUGAGCCAUAAAUUGAUACAAAUAAAAGUAGUCCAGAACCUAAAAAGAAAUCUUCUCACAAAUAUUUUUAAAAACAUUAAUCUAGGAAGAAUUAGUCUUCUUCGUCUCUAAAUAUUCCUACUGAUUUAAACAUCACACAAUCUCCUUAAUAAUCUGCCUUUGAUAAAUCUAUUAAAAAGCUUAGCAUAUAAAGUAAAAGCUAAUUAAAUUAAUAUGAUAAGUAAAUAAAAAUACAAUCUUAAGAGCAGUUAAUUGAAGAAUUAUUUUAAAAAGAAGAUUUUAUUGGAUUAAGUGCAUAAAAUUCAGAAAGAAAAUAACAUUAAAUACCCCAAAUUUAAAUUACAGAUAAUUCUUAGAAUUCAUUUAGAAAUCCGAUUUUCUAUAAGCCAAGUGAGUUUUAUAUAAAAUAAUUAAAUUAGUUGAAAUGAUUAGGUUUUAGAAGUAAAUAAUAAA